AUGGGCGAGGAGGACAUGCCGUUCCCGUCAGCCACAAGAGAUGUGCUCAUCUCUACAGCAAAGCUUUUGGGCUCGAGCUGCGUGGAUGAGAACCUUGCGUUUACCAAGUGCAAGGCAGAAAACUCAGACCCGGAGGCUUGCAUGAAGCUCGGUGUGGCCGUGUUGGAGUGCACCAGUAAAGCUCCACGCGGAUGCGGGCUUUAG